CAGCCUGGACAUUCCAGAAGAGGACAGGGAGGAGCUAAGAUGGCCUUAUUCAACUUAUAUCUAUUGGGAUAUCAAAACUCCUUUCGGAACAAGAAAAGGGACACAACUAAAGAAACAAACCAGAAGGAGCCAGUGCCCACUAGGCUUCCCCCUAUUAUCUCAGAAGAUGGGAAUUAUUCCGUGCACCAGAAUAGCCACACAAGGUAUCAUGAAGCUGUAAAGAAGGUGUUGUUAAAGACAUUCCCCAAUCAGGUCUUCAGAGUCCCUUUGACUGAUGCUCAGAACUUCAGCUUCUGGCGGUCCCAUGAUCCAGGAGUGUGCCCAGAGAAAACCAUGCCAUGGAUCCAGAGCCCCCGCCACUGCCUCAUUAAAAGCCCAAUGACCAGGUUUAUGGAUCACUCUGUUCUGAGUGACAGAAACUUCAGUCUGUAUUGAGCAGGAUGUGUUUGCAAGAUGGAUUGUGGAAGCAGGGCAAAGAAGGAAAAAAUGAGAGAAGGUGUCCUGGUUCCACUGAGGGACUAAUGGGAGGAGGGGAUCUCCACAGCAGAGUAAACAGAUUGGAUUAGAGGUCACCAUGUGCACUGGCAAUAAGGGGAGGAAAAUUAUUCCAAUGCCCAAAUUCUUGUGAGAUCAGAUGUGUGGGAGCCAGAACUUGGUGUUUGGUUUGGGAGGGGACAGGGUAGAGGAAAGACCACUGAGAGGGUCCCUGACCUCAUGAAUGGCAGGUGUCUGAGUAACAAAUCUGGGAAGACACACAAUGGUCCUUGUGAUGCUGAAGGGCCUAGAGUAGUCAUGCUCUCUGAAGACACUGCAGCUUCACCUUGGCAGGAAGAAAACCAGAGGAAGCCUUCUAACCACAGAGGAAAGGCUACCUCCUAUACCUGGCUCUGCCACUUCUGACCCAACCCAUGGCCCAGAACAUCUUCGGAGAGCUGGGAAUUUUACAAAGAGUUUGAUUUUAUUGAUACUUAAAUAUAUUAAAUAUUUCACUGAAA